CGGCCGCACACCUCUCCUCCAUCUCUAUAUUUAUUUCACCCACAACCUUCCAUAUACCAACACCAAAGCAAAAAUGGGUUGCGAUAGGUGGGUUAUGUUGGUCAUCCCCAUCAUUUAUGCCUUAAGUAAUGUAUCGGGUGAGCUUAAGAGAUUUGAGCAACCCAGCAAAGGCGAUGGUUCCCUUAGCUUUUUGGUCAUUGGAGAUUGGGGUAGGCGAGGCGCUUUUAACCAAUCUCAAGUUGCUUCUCAGAUGGGAAAGAUGGGAGAGAAGUUGGAUAUUGAUUUCGUAGUUUCAACGGGAGAUAAUUUUUAUGACAAUGGAUUGCGCAGCGUACACGAUCUGGCAUUUGAAGAGUCUUUCACCAAUAUUUACACAGCAAACAGCCUCCAAAAACAGUGGUACAGCGUGUUGGGGAACCAUGAUUACAGGGGUGAUGCUGAGGCACAAUUGAGCCCUCUUCUUACCAAAAUUGACACCAGAUGGCUUUGUCUUAGAUCCUUCAUUGUCAAUGCUGAAUUAGCUGAGAUCAUCUUUGUGGACACUACACCUUUCGUGAAGAGCUAUUUUCAAGACCCAGAAGAUCACAUUUACGACUGGCGCGGUAUAAAUCCUCGCAAACACUACAUUGCAAAUCUGUUGAAGGAUGUGGAGUGUGCAUUAAGAGAAUCAAAUGCAAAAUGGAAGAUUGUUGUUGGUCACCAUGCGAUUAAAAGCGUUGGGCAUCAUGGUGACACUAGGGAACUUGCUACACACCUCCUUCCUAUUCUCAAGGCUAAUAAUGUUGAUUUUUACAUGAAUGGUCAUGAUCACUGCCUAGAACAUAUCAGUGACACAGAGAACCCUAUACAGUUCUUAACCAGUGGGGCAGGGUCUAAGGCAUGGAGGGGAGAUGUGAAACAACUAAACAGAGAAGGACUAAAGUUCUUCUAUGAUGGUCAAGGUUUUAUGUCAGUGCAGUUGACCCAAUCUAAUGCAGAGAUUGCGUUUUAUGAUGUUGAUGGCAAGAUUUUGCAUAGAUGGAAUGCAUUCAAACAAUUUGGUGAUCAUUCAUCAAUAUAGCAUGUAGGCUUUAGUUUUAACUACAAAGUGUAUAUAAUGUUCUUCUUCAACAUACGGCUUGGAAUUGGGAGCUGUAUGUUAAACUUAAUUUGAAGAAUUGGUUCCUUACCACCAUUGCAAUGCAAGCUAAUUUUUGUAAUCAGAAACCGUUAUGUUGAAAACCCAUUAUUCAUUUUUGAAUUUAGUUUUCCUUUUUUUUCCCUUAUAAA